GUGAGCUUACCAAUUACCAGAUAAAUAAUCCUUUUGUUCAUCUCCCACGAACGGUUAACCGCUUUAAACAUCCUAGACAGAGAGAGAGGGAGAGAGAGAAAGUGGGGAGAGAGAGAGUGGAGAGAGAAAGUGGAGAGAGAGAGAGAGAGAGGAGAGGGUAUAAAACAUAAACACUAAACAGAGUGCUCUGUUUUGCGUUAACUUUCAUCAAACUUUACUAUUUUCUUAUAUGUAAUUGUGUAAUAUCGACUGCUAAUUAUUCUUGCUGAGGAACUAAGAAUCGAUAGGCAGAGAUGGAUGAGAAAGCUGUCGAUUUGGACGCCGUGUUGAAGGAAGCUGUCGAUUUGGAACACGUGCCACUUGAAGAAGUUUAUGUGACCUUGAGGUGCAACAAACAUGGGCUCACAUCUGAGGCUGUUGAGCAGAGGUUGGCCAUUUUUGGGUUCAACAAGCUUGAGGAGAAGAAGGAAAGUAAGGUUUUGAAGUUUUUGGGGUUUAUGUGGAACCCUCUCGCAUGGGUGAUGGAAGCUGCAGCUAUCAUGGCCAUAGCUCUUGCCAAUGGAGGAGGAAAGCCACCGGAUUGGCAAGAUUUUAUUGGCAUCAUUGCUCUGCUGAUCAUCAACUCAACUAUAAGUUUCAUAGAAGAGAAUAACGCGGGAAAUGCCGCUGCUGCUCUCAUGGCCCGUCUCGCCCCCAAAGCCAAGGUUUUUCGAGAUGGAAGGUGGAUCGAGGAGGAUGCUUCCGUUCUUGUCCCCGGUGAUAUAAUCAGUAUUAAGCUUGGGGACAUUAUUCCAGCUGAUGCUCGUCUACUUGACGGCGAUGCACUGAAAAUUGAUCAGUCCGCGCUUACAGGCGAGUCACUUCCUGUGACGAAAAGCCCUGGCGACAGCGUGUAUUCAGGUUCUACAUGCAAGCAGGGAGAGAUUGAAGCAGUGGUGAUUGCCACAGGUGUUCAUACCUUUUUCGGCAAGGCAGCUCAUCUUGUGGAUAGCACAAAUCAGCAAGGCCACUUUCAAAAGGUCUUGACUGCCAUUGGGAAUUUCUGUAUAUGUUCUAUUGCGGUGGGAAUGAUUGUAGAGAUCAUAGUUAUGUAUCCAAUUCAACACCGCAAAUAUCGCCCAGGAAUUGACAAUCUGCUGGUGUUACUCAUCGGAGGAAUUCCCAUUGCUAUGCCCACGGUUUUAUCUGUCACAAUGGCUAUUGGUUCCCAUCGCUUAUCUCAGCAGGGGGCUAUCACUAAAAGAAUGACGGCAAUUGAGGAGAUGGCAGGCAUGGAUGUCCUUUGCAGUGACAAAACCGGAACUCUGACGUUGAAUAAGCUUUCGGUUGACAAGAAUCUCGUAGAGAUCUUCGCUAAAGAGGUGGACGCAGAUACUGUUGUUCUAAUGGCAGCUCGAGCCUCCCGAAUGGAAAAUCAAGACGCAAUAGAUGCUGCUAUUGUUGGAAUGUUGGCUGAUCCAAAAGAGGCCAGAGCCGGUAUCCAAGAGGUGCACUUCCUUCCAUUCAACCCGACAGAUAAGCGAACGGCUCUGACAUACAUUGAUAAUCAGGGUAAAAUGCAUCGUGUCAGCAAGGGUGCACCGGAGCAGAUUUUGAACCUUGUACGCAAUAAAUCAGAGAUAGAACGUAGAGUUCACACCGUGAUUGAUAAAUUCGCGGAGCGAGGUUUACGAUCCUUAGCAGUAGCAUACCAGGAAGUUCCAGAGGGAAGGAAAGAGAGCCAAGGAGGGCCUUGGCAAUUUAUCGGCCUCUUGCCUCUGUUCGACCCACCUAGGCAUGAUAGCGCAGAGACAAUUAGAAGGGCAUUGAAUCUUGGGGUAAAUGUUAAGAUGAUUACAGGUGAUCAACUGGCAAUAGCGAAGGAGACAGGGCGCCGCCUGGGCAUGGGAACCAACAUGUAUCCAUCAUCCAGUCUGUUAGGACAGAAGAAAGACGAGUCGAUUGUCGCUCUGCCAGUUGAUGAACUCAUUGAAAAAGCUGAUGGUUUUGCUGGUGUAUUCCCUGAGCACAAGUAUGAAAUUGUGAAGCGAUUGCAAGCCAGAAAGCAUAUUUGCGGAAUGACUGGUGACGGCGUUAAUGAUGCUCCUGCUCUUAAAAAGGCUGAUAUCGGCAUUGCUGUUGCUGAUGCAACUGACGCAGCUCGUAGUGCUUCAGACAUUGUCCUCACCGAACCUGGCCUUAGCGUCAUCAUCAGCGCCGUGCUAACUAGUCGGUCCAUAUUCCAGAGAAUGAAAAAUUACACGAUAUAUGCUGUUUCCAUUACAAUCCGUAUCGUGCUUGGUUUCAUGUUACUGGCACUCAUAUGGCAAUUCGACUUCCCGCCCUUCAUGGUGCUGAUUAUUGCUAUUCUCAACGACGGCACCAUCAUGACGAUAUCAAAGGAUAGAGUGAAACCAUCUCCGCAGCCGGACAGCUGGAAACUGGCGGAGAUCUUUACAACUGGAAUUGUCCUCGGUGGUUACUUGGCUAUGAUGACAGUUAUUUUCUUUUGGGCAGCAUACGAUACAAACUUCUUUCCGCGUACCUUUGGGGUUUCGAGCCUUCACCAUAAGGACGCGGACGACUAUAGGAAGCUCGCCGCUGUAGUUUACCUGCAAGUGAGUACCAUCAGCCAGGCCCUUAUAUUCGUCACGCGAGCGCGGAGUUGGUCUUUCGUCGAGCGUCCUGGUCUGCUGCUUGUAGCAGCUUUUGUCAUUGCUCAGUUGAUUGCUACGCUGAUCGCUGUCUACGCCAAUUGGAGUUUCGCUGCGAUUGAGGGAAUUGGAUGGGGGUGGGCUGGCGUGGUUUGGCUGUAUAACCUCAUUUUCUACUUCCCGCUCGAUUUUAUCAAGUUCUUCAUCCGAUAUGCCCUGAGCGGGCGAGCUUGGGAUCUCGUAAUUGAGCAAAGGACCGCCUUCACAAGGAAGAAGGAUUUCGGGAAGGAAGAAAGGGAGCUUAAAUGGGCACAUGCACAGAGAACCCUCCAUGGACUGCACCCACCGGAGGCCACGAUGUUCAGCGAUCGCACUACUUAUACAGAACUCAAUCAGAUGGCUGAAGAGGCAAAACGACGAGCUGAAAUUGCCAGGCUGAGGGAAUUGCAGACCCUUAAGGGCCGUGUGGAAUCAGUAGUGAGGCUGAAGAACCUGGACAUAGACACAAUCCAGCAAUCAUACACUGUCUGAGUCUCCGAGUCUCGGAGAAAUGAAUAUGAUUCCCCUCUGUAGCGUACAACUAGUAGUUUUAGCCGGCGCGUUGCCACGAAAAUGUCAAAUGGAUUAUAAGUAUUGUAUAUAAAUGUUAAAAUAACAGACUAAAAUGUGUUCGAAGCA